AAAAUAUUUGAUAAUUUGAUACCAAAAUGACUUACUUGGAUAAUGUGCUAGGCCCAUCUUGGUUCCUUGCGGUUUCCGACUUUCCGGCUCCGUAGUUUGUUAGAUGGUACUUCGAUUCUUCAUCUCUCUCUCUCUCUCUCUCUCUCUCUGUUGAUCGAUCGGUACUUUCAUCGCCUUUAACAGCUACAAGAACCCUAACCCUCGUCCCGUCAAACAAGUAAUUGCAGUUGGGUCAUAUACAAAUCAGACAUGCCUCCUCGGAAGACGCCUAUAAGGCGCAAAAAAUCAUCAUUAGCUACCACACCUACCCCUGUUGGUGAUCAUAAAUCAACCACACCAGAAGUUGAAACGGGAGCUGAAUUAGAAGAUGUUGCGAAAGUCAAGACGGAUAUGUCGGGUCAGGUAGAAGUAUCCGAUCCCAAUUCUGCUAAAAUUCACGGUGAUUCAACUACAUCUCUUGCUGUUUCUUCCGAAUCGUUGAUUAAGGUGGGAAUCGUUUUAGAGAAUUCUGCAGUAGGUGAUGUGAAUAAAGCGAGAAAUGAGGGCGGUGAACCGGACGUGGGCGGAGAUAAGGCCACAGAGGAUUUCCCGCUGGUAAGUGAGGAUGUUGGUAAAGGGAAGCAAGGAGAAGGAGAUGGAAUCGUUUACGUAGAAAAUGAUGAAUCUGACGAGACCACAGUCAAGAAGAAAGAUGAUUUACAGCGUGGAAGCGAGAAUGUGGAUCAAGACAAACAAGGAUCAGGCAUCAAUGGUUCCCAAUUGGAGACAGUUACAGGCGACAAUGAAGAAGAAAAACAAGAACUUGCGAAAACCAUCUCAGCUCAAGAAUCUAAUGCUGACAAAGCACCUUGUAACAAUGCUGCUGCUUUAGUUGUAGAAGAUGGGGAAAGUGAUGAUGAUAGUGAGGGAGAUGAUGCAGACAAUGAAGGCGAUGAAGAUCCUUCUCAGGAUCCUGUCCCCGAUAAUAAGAAAGAUAAGGACAUUGAAAUCUAUGUUGGAAGAUUGGACAAAAAUACAGUUGAAGAAGAUCUGGUCAAUGUCUUUCAACAAUUUGGGGAGCUGAAAUCAACAAGAAUAGUGAGGAACUCAACCACAAAAAAGAGCAAAGGUUUUGCAUUUAUACGGUUUGCAUCUCCUGAUCAAGCAAAGCGUGCUCUUUUGGAGUUGAAAGAUGGAGUUGAGGUGAGGGGCAAACAUGUAAAGAUAUCAGAAAGCCAGGACAAUCAUACUCUAUAUUUGCGAAAUAUUAGCAAAACAUGGAAAAAGGAGGAAGUGUUGCAACAAUUGAAACAAUAUGGAAUUGAGCAUAUUGAGAUGAUCCGUUUACCAGAGAAUCCCAAGCUUGAAGGGAAAAAUAAAGGUUUUGCUUUCUUGGAAUUCACCACACAUUCAGAUGCAGUAGCAGCAUUUCAACGACUCAAAAAGCCAGAUGCGGUUUUUGGGCGUGAUAUAAGUGCUAAGGUUGCCUUUGCUCAAACACCUAUGCAUCAAAAUGAUGAAGAUCUGUCACAGCCACAGGCCAAAAAGGUAUAUUUGGAAGGAGUCACUAAAGAUUGGAGUGAAGAGAAGGUGAAGGAGAUUUGUAAAAAGUAUGGUGAGAUUCUUAGAGUUGAUAUAUGCCUGAACCCACGAACCAAACAUAAAGAUUUUGGGUUCAUCACUUUUGCAUCAAAUGAAAAUGCUUUAGCUUGUGUUGAGGGUAUCAACAAUGCUGGUAUUGGAGGAGAAGUCAAGAUCAAAGCCAACAUUUCAAAGCCUCAGUCUAAGAGUCAAUCUCAGAAGCAGGGUUUUGGUGGGGGAUUCAAAGUUGAAGCCUCAGCAUCGAAUAAAGAGGGUGGAAAAUCUAAAGAAAUUUCAGGACCUAAACCAAUAAAAGCAAAAGGUGGUUUGAAUUCUCAGCAAGUUAAAAGAAAUAAAAAUGAUAGCAUUAAAAAUAAGGUGAAGGGAAGUAUCAAAAAUGGUGAAAGUUGUAAUAAGAAAAGAAAAGCAUCCUCUGACCAUAAUGUGAUUGCUCCUCCCAAUUUGAGACAUGGUGAUACAAAAAAACCAAAAUUUGGUGAAGGGCAAAAUAGUAAAUCCGCCUCCAAACCAGGAAAUGACAAAAGAAAGGCCCCAAAGCAUGAUGGAGGCAACAGAAACCCUCAAAACAAAAAGCCUUUCAAGAAACAGAAAGGCAAUGUGCAUGCAAUUGGAAGGGAAAGAGAUAAUAUUAGUAAUGAUAAUCGUAUUAGAAGAGGGCAUGGGCAUGGGCAUGAUGAUUACAGAAGCACCACUAGAUACAUGGAUCAUUCAUAUGCUGUUGCUGCUGCAUCUAAUUCUUUUCGUCUGCCUCCUGAUUCAUUGUCUACUAGACGCCUCAAGGAGAUGGAAGCACAUGCUGGAUACAUUGAACCUGUUUCUGGUGCUAUACACAGUAGUCGACCAUAUUCAGGAUAUGUUCAACCCAACCAUAACCACCCACAUCAUCUUCGGACUGUCUACCUUGGAAGUCAAAGUCAAAAUCAAGUUCAUUUAAGAUAUUCAGAUCGUCCCAUUAUGAGUCAAUCUCAGUCUUAUUGCACUCACAGAGGCUAUAACAUCGAGACUACUGCUGUUGUACCUGAGGUUCAACCUUACACUCAUAGACCCUAUCAACAACAAUCUUCAAUCCUUCAACGUGAACAUGAUCCUUAUGAUUCUUUCCUCCCAAUCCCAAGAAGUGUUGGACAUGAUGGUAGAGGUACUGUUGUUACUUAUGUUGGAGGUCCACCACUUUCAGCCUCUCAAGUGCGAAAUCACACAAGCUACUACCAGUGCUAGUCAAAGAACAUACUACUGAGUAGUGAGUAGUGAGUUAAAAUGCAUCUUACGGAUAAGGAUAAGGAUGAAGAUAUCCUCUCUCUGUUAUAUGAUGCGGGAGAAAUGGUGUGUGGUUGGUCGGUUAUCUAUACCAUGAGCCAUCGUUAUUUUUUUUUUUCAGUUACCAUGUUAUAAAUCUGGCUUCUUCAACUUUAAGAU